ACAGUUUUUUUAGAGGUACAUCGAGAGGAGAUACAUCGAGGGUUUUUUCUAGCUGGCAACAGUGACGCUCUCUCGGAGAGAACAAAACAAAAUAAGAAUACAAAUAAAAUAGCAUGGGUCAAUUGGAACAUAUCCCCACAAAAAUUCGCGCCUUUUUGCAAAAUCCUUAAAAUCCUUGAGACCAAGUUUUUGGGUAAAGUGUCGGUGAAGCCCCCACUAAAAGAGACAGCGUGCGUCCUCCAUUUUUAAAUGUGAACGCCUCGUGCUUAGUAAAAACGAAUCAGUGUGUGUGUCCGUGUAAGUCUCGUCCGAGUGGAAACCCGUCCCCAGCAUGAGCCUUAAACGCAAUAUACAUGGUUUAGGCAGCUUAUUUAAUAGUUUAUUCAAUUGAGCCAUGGACUGGGCUUCGUCGGAUGAACCGGCCUCCGGCAGUGAAGCCCGAAGAGAGAUCUUGGAGAUCGCGAAGAACCGCCCGGGAACCCAUGUGGCCAAGUGCAUCCAGGCCUAUGACGAGCAGUCCGACCUAGCUGCUCUAAUCCUGCUCCUGGAGGAGCUCUCCAAGAACACCGACUACUCUACGGAUCUACGGAUAUCGCUGGGAUAUUACAUUGAUGAGCUGCUGAGGCACUGUCUGAAGAACCGGAAUGUUUCGCGCCGUUCGGCCAUUGUGGCUGCUGGAAGCGCCCUGCAAUACUGCGGAAAGAUCUAUGGAGACCGCGUGGAGUGCAUGUACCAGGUGGUGGAGCACCAAAUUGAGGCCCUGCUGUCAUCAGAGGCACAGAAGGAACCCUCAGAAAGUAAAGGACCGGAGAACAACGAAACCAAGCCGGAAGAGCCGCGAAAACGGCGCGCCAAGAAGCUGACUAAGAAGGAAGUGGACCCAUAUCUCCUCACCGUUGAGCCCAAGAAGUUUCGGGUAAUGCAGGAUGAGAAGCGUUUCUCUGCGACGGGAUUCGUUAAGUGCUCUCGAAACCGAACGAUCGAAUAUCUGUAUCAAGAUCAUACGCCGCCGAAUCUCUGGCGCCACGCACCCAUAGUGGACCCUCACAAUCCCUAUGAGUUGGACGAGAAGAAGCAGUACAAGAUGUUCACUUACCACGUAGAGCACCGGUAUAACACCCUUCUGCCGGACAUCCCAUUUGAGCGGUUAAAUCUGAUCAAGGAGUAUGUCCACACGAACAACGUCAACACUGCGGAGAUUCUCAACGAACACAAAACGACAAAAGACUAUCUAAAUGAGUACAUUGCCUUAGAGAAUCAAAUGCUGGCGUCCCGGUAUGGGGCAACAGUCAGAACUAGGAGAAGAAUGGACAAAAGCGCAGUUGAAGCGGAAAAAAGAAGCCGAAGAGAAACUACAGACCCAGAGUCCCCUAAAAAGCUACGGCUCGAUGACUCUGUCGCAGAUGGAACAGAGAGAGAUGAAGGAGAAACUUUGAAUCAGACAGACCUAAUAGAUCAAUCUUUGGCCACCGGAGAGUUGUUGCAGAACCAAAUCUCCGUCGACUCUGGCUUAGGCGAUUCCCUGAACAGCAGUCAAGAGGACAGUGCCAUAAACUCCACGCAGGACGAAAGCCAAGUGGAGAGUUCUACCUUAUGCGAAAGUCAGGUGGAAAAUCCAGCACUCAGUAGCACUCUGGCCAUCAACGAGUCCAGCAUUCUCGACAGCACGCGGAUCGAUCUGCCGCCGGCAAAAGAAGGUUCUUUCGAGGACCUAAUUCAAAUCGAUUCCGGGAUUGACAUGGACGAAGUCAACUGCGAUACCCACCUUCCGACAGCAGGCCAAUGUUUUGACGAUGAGGGUGUUGUUCUUUCAGAUUUCGAAGAUCUCCGCCUGCUCUCGCCCAAGGUCGUGCUUCGGGAUAUUAUGCGCGAUGUGCCCAACAAGGAAAACAUCAGUGUCGUCGUCGGCGAGGAAGUGACGGAAGUCAGCAGCAUCAAGGGGCAGGCGGAAGACGUCGAUGUAAUUGCCGUCAAUGCUGAGGAGGCGGUGAAUGUUCCUAGGGAAGUAUGCUAUCCCAUUGAACGGAAUAUUUUGGGAAUCCCGCAAAAACAUUUGCGAAAAAGGAUCCUAUUCAAGCUUCCACAGGGCUAUGAACUAUUUAAGCAAGCGCGCCUGCCGAGCAAGAGAGAAGCAGCUCCUAAGCCUCCCACCGCCCCCAGAGUGCUGAACUUACGGAUAGAACAGGAAGAAAAUACAUCCGAAGCAUACGAAGAAAUUCCCGGCUCCCCUCUCAGCCUUGAGUUUGACUACGAUAUGAACUUUCUGGGGUUCCGAAGGCACACUUUGGACUCUGGGUUCGACAUUGAUACCAUAAGAGCGUGGUCCGCGACCGUUUCAACGAUAGGGGAAGCGCCUAUUGACGUUGAAAGUGCUCCUGAAGCCCAGGAAGCUGUACCAUUGAUCCCAGAUGCCGCGGAUCAAGCCAUAGAUGCUGCUGCCGAGCCUUCCGGAAUGGAAAACGAAAAUAAUACUUCGGUCGCCGCAGAAAAUAGUAUGGAAGAUUCAAAGCUGGAAUCUACGGCAAUGGAAGCUACAAGCGUUGGGAUGGACAGCGGUUUAGGAGUGUCCCUUAACUCUGAUCUAAGCGCAAGAAUGGAGGAUAGCGCAGCAGAUCUAAAUCAGACAAGCAGCUCUCUCAAUGACUCGCAACGUGACCAGAUAGCAGCUGAAACUACUACCUUGCUAGACGAAUCAACCAUAAUUGACGAAGCACCAGCAACCAAAUCGGGUGCGGAUAAACCAGUCGACGACCAAGACUUGGUCGAUUGUGAUGCGUCCCUACGAAGUAAUUCACCGACGGAGUCAGAGGAUUCUCAGAUUGAUGUCCCCGUAGUGGGUUCAUCGAUUCGAGACUGGCAUCAGCGACUAGCUCCAGCUUUGGAAGCUGCCCAUGAAAGACAGAAUUUUAACAUUAAAGACCUGGGAACGGAGAUCCUGGAAGUGUGUCAAAAGGGCGGCGGAACAGCCACUUUAAAGGAUGUAAUGAAGGACAAGGAUCCUAGCAUCAUGUGCCGCUAUAUGUUGGCUUCUCUCGUACUGACGAAUCACGGAAAUGUGGCCUUAAGCUUUGGCGGCUCUAAAAGAAAGUCUGAGCCCUUGGAAAUCUCCCAGUUUUGUAUGGAGCUGAAGAGCACGAAACGGAUGGAAAUUCAUCCCGAGGAUGAUGUGGGCAACAUCAAACCAGUGCAGCUAAAACCCACCAAACCUGUCAAGGAGUUGCAAUCCACCAAACCUGUGAAGGCGAAACGAAAGUCCACAGAAAUGGAUGGUCCGCAGGUGUUUAGCAAAACGGUGCGAUUGAUACAGCCCAUUCCGAAAGUGUACCAGUCGCCGUCCGAGACUGACUCUGGAAUUUCUUCAAUGUCUUCCCUAGUAGCCUCCUCGUCCCGUUAUACCUAACAGUCUUAGUGUUCUAGCGCGAAUCAUGUCCGGUCCAAUGUGUAAUUACCCGCUUCCCUGUAGAUUCCAUAGCAUUUAACAUAUGAUAUUGUGUCCCUUGCAGAACCCGCAAACAAUUCACUUUUCCCAGAUGUAUUGCACGAUCAAGAGGCUGCGAUAGACGAAAGGCCUUUCCUUUUCCGCCACUCUGCAAUUUUUCCCAAUUAUAGAUUACUUUUACAUUUAAAACGA